AUGGAGCGUAUAUCGCCGUUCAGUUUAUAUUAUUCAAUAGCUCACAUGCAUCGUCGUCCUCAUCCAGGCAGGACAGGUGGGGGACGUUUGGAUCGACGAUCCGAGAUUACGACGACGAAGAGUCAGGCCAAUCAUUUGCCCGUAAGGGAAGGUCAGCAGAGAGCAUGUCCUGUGUACGCUGUGCCUGUGUAUAUUUCCGGACCCAGGCAACGCACGCACUGCAUAACGAACCAGCUAGCCAAGGCAUGUGGGAGAGAGCAAAAGCAGCAGCCGCCAUGUGCCAGUCUAAACUCAAUGGCGCCAACGCUCGCCCUCCCCAGAUGGAUGGAUGCAAUCAAUACCAACGUCGCCGACCUGUGCCUCUGUAGCACUGGUGCUCCACCACCACCACCACCACAACCACCGCAACCGUUUUCGUUACCUUCGAGUCGGGGCCACGCCGCGCUUGUCGGGUCAAGGGGGCGCAACAUGGCGCCGCCGGCCCCGACAGGGGAUCCUCUGCUUUGCUUCACUUGCUGCACCCUCGCUCCUGGUCGACCUCAAUCAACCCGCGACAGUCCGUACCCUCACCAACAAACUAUUGCCAUCCUGAAGCAGCAGGCAAACAAGGAACAAAAAACCCAUCCAAACCUCCCAAAAUAAAGUCGCGUUAUGUCAUCUUGCUCAGGGGUGUUUCGCCUUUGUUUUUUUUUCCCUUCGGUCUCUAUUGCCUGCGCGCGCGUGAGCUCCGUGUGCCGUCAUCGUCAUGCACCCACCUGCACUUACCGGCGCGCCUU